AUGCCACCACAACCCGGAGUCUUCCCCAUAAACUACAGCGGCGCUUCUCACAAAGGCCGUCACGCACCCUACCCCGACGUUGACAUGGCGCCUCCGUACCACCAAGCAGGACCCAGCUCCAGGUUACAUGAAGAUGGAAAGAAGGAGAAGAGACGAAAAGAUAUCUCUGGCAAGGUUGGAAAGGAAAUACACGACAGACGAGAAGACGCUCGACAUUUCAGCGAAACGAUAUCGGCACUGCACAGUACAUCACUUCAACUCUCGAUGCGGCCUGAAACAAAUGCCAUGUUCAAGCUGCGACUGUACCCUCUUUCGCUUGAACGGUCUGCGCUGCUCGCUCAGGUUGAAUUUGAAGAAAAGUAUGCAAUUGAGUGUGCAGAACAGGCGUACAAUGAGGAGCGGGAUCGUGUGGAAGAAGAAUACAAGCGUGGUAGGGAGCGUGUGCGGGAGCGGCUUCUGGAGGGUAUUGAAGACCGUCGCCGGAGAGCAAGAGAAGAGAAGGAUGGAGAGGGCACCGUUGGAGAUGCUGCACUGGACUCACACUCGAGGCCGCCAAUAACCCGAAAACUGAGAAACAAGAUGGGAACAUCGCCUCCACCAACGCCCCACGGUGCGCUCGGCGCUGCUCAAGUCAACGGGCCCAGCGGGAUCAGCCACUUGCCAAUCACAUCCGGGCCCUUCCUCAACCCACACUCGCUCUCGGUCGACGAAAUCCCUUCACCAUUCCCAUUAGCCCUCACGUCCACAACAACGCCCAGCAACGCAAACCCAAUUGGUGGCACAGGUGGUGGCACAACCAACGGACGUCGAAGGCCCAAAGGCGGUGGAGCUCACCAACAUCAAAACAUUGGCGGGUUGGGCAAAAGUAUCGCCAUGCUCGGAGCUAGCAAAGACAACGAAAUCGAAAGCGACCUUGGCGACAUUCGCAGAGGGAACAAGCGCAGGAGGGCGGUGCAGAUGGGCAAGUCUUCGUGA